AUCAACAUAACCUUAAAAAAUAUUGACAUGUGUUUUUCAAAUAUUUAAAUAUUAAAUUUUAAUUAUUUCCAAUAAUUUAAUCCAAGAUGCCGAAAGUCAGUUCCAUCGGGGGCCCGCCCCGCCGACAGGGUUUCAACAAAUCCGGCCACUCGAUGAACCCGGAACGGUCCAAAGAAGGCCUAAAAGGCGUGGCCAAGCCCCGUACCAAAGGAACCAUCAAACGUUUGCAAAUGUACCGAAACUUCAAGGCAAAGCGUGAUAGAAAGGGGCACAUCAUAAUGCCAGCCCCAUUUCAAGGCUGGCUCCCAUCUGGAACCCAAGCCCGAGUGGAACCUAGUCAGAGAUGGUUCGGAAAUAGUCGGGUGAUAUCGCAGAAUGCUUUGCAAAAGUUUCAAACUGAAUUGGGGGCUGCUAUUAAGAAUCCGUAUCAGGUUGUAAUGAAACCGACUAAUUUGCCUAUUACUUUGCUGAAUGAAAAAGCUAAAAAUGCUCGAGUGCAUUUAUUGGAAACUGAAAGUUUUGAGAGUGUUUUUGGGCCUAAAAAGAGCCGCAAGAGGCCUAAUAUUGCUGUAAGAGGAUUAGAAGAGCUUACGGAACGUGCUAGCAAAAACGAAGAUGAGUAUAGUAAUGAAAAAGAUUCAAACAUUGUAAGGGAUGAUGGAGGAGUCAAAGAUAUGCCUAGGGAUUGGGUAAUGGCAGCUGGACAAUCACGUAGAAUUUGGAACGAGCUAUACAAAGUUGUAGACAGUUCAGAUGUUUUGCUGCAAACAUUAGACGCAAGGGACCCUAUGGGUACAAGAUCAGCCUAUUUAGAAAAGUAUUUAAAAACUGAAAAACCUCAUAAGCAUCUUAUUUUUAUUUUAAACAAAGUUGAUUUGGUACCUACUUGGGUAACUCAAAGAUGGGUUGCAAUUUUGAGUAAAGAAUAUCCAACUGUUGCAUUUCAUGCCAGCAUUACACAUCCUUUUGGUAAAGGCUCUUUAAUAAAUCUUCUAAGACAAUUUGCAAAACUUCACAUAGACAAAAAGCAGAUUUCUGUUGGUUUUAUUGGUUACCCAAAUGUGGGUAAAUCCUCUGUCAUUAAUACUUUGCGAAGCAAAAAGGUUUGUAAAGUAGCUCCAAUCGCUGGUGAAACUAAAGUCUGGCAAUAUAUUACUUUAAUGAAAAGGAUUUAUUUGAUUGAUUGUCCCGGAGUUGUGUAUCCUUCAGCUGAAACCGACACAGAAAAAGUCCUAAAAGGUGUAGUACGUGUUGAGCUUGUAAAUAAUCCCGAAGACUACAUUAGCUCAGUAUUAGAGCGAGUAAAAAAAGAAUAUUUAAUUAAAACUUAUAAAAUUGACGAUUGGCAAGAUCAUGUUGAUUUUCUGGAAAAAAUGGCAAGAAGAUCUGGAAGGUUGUUAAAAGGUGGCGAACCUGAUAUUACCAGUGUUGCCAAAAUGGUCUUGAAUGAUUGGCAAAGAGGCAAAUUGCCUUUUUAUGUUUGCCCUCCUGGAUUUGAAGUGCCACUGACCAAACAACCAACCGAAGAUAAUAAUAUAAGCGUAGUACAAGACUUUAGAAAAAUCAGAGUUGGAUUGACUUAUGAAGGGGAAGAUGUCAAACAAUUAGAUCCAAUUGAAGAAGUUCAAAAAGAUGACAAAGACACAGAAAAAUCAUCUGUUGAUAUUGAUGAUACUAAUAAUGAUGAUGAUGAUGCAAAUAAUUCUGAUAGUUCAUCAGAAAUGAGUUUCUAUUCAGAUAUGGAUGAGAGUUACAAAGAGUUGGAAACAGCUGUUUCAGCCAGUGGAGAUUUCCAAGUGGAGAAAGUGGGGAAAAAGUUGACCAGCAAGCAAAAGAGGGCCCAAGAUAGGGCAGUGAAACGUAAAAGAAUUGGAAGCAACUUUUACGAAGUUACCAACGUUAAGAAUAGGAAUAGGAGUAAAAAGAAGACAAUUGUUAAUAAGAAAUAAUUUUGUUUUCAAUAUACAAAUUUUUUUUUUUAAAUUAUUUUUUGUUUUUAUGUAGAAUUUUUGCUUAUUUGCUCUUUUUUAGGUGACAUUAUCAUAAAAAAAUAUGAA